CCGCUGGCAUGUGGGGCAGCGGCGACCCCGGCGGGGGGGCCGGGGCCGCCGCCGUGACGGUCCUCCUGAGCGGGACCCGGGACUGCUUCCUACACGUGCAUCCCGCGCUGGCCUCCCACCUCCGCCUGCAGCAGGGCCAAGCUGUGAAAGUAUCCUGUGGUCAUCAGCCUAUAUUUUUGAGCUGGAUGGAAAUCAGGCAUCGAGGUCACCAAGCUGAAAAUAUUGCAGAGAUGAACAGACAGUUAGCAGAGAAACUUGGCAUUACAGAUGGAGAACAGGUAUUUCUUGAGCCCUGUUCCCACGUCUCCUCCUGUCAGCAAGUAGAAGUGGAACCACUCUCAACAGAUGAUUGGGAAAUUCUGGAACUGCACGCUUCCUCUCUUGAAAAACAUCUUCUUGACCAGAUUCGAAUAGUGUUUCCAAAAGCCAUCUUUCCUGUGUGGGUUGAACAGCACACUCACGUUUACAUCAAAAUCGGUACACUUAUGCCAGCAGCCCCCUAUGGGAGAUUAGAGCCAUGCACGGAGCUUCUGGUACUUCCCAAAACACGCGAACUUGAGGACAAUAUUACCAGCACACCUUCCACAGAAAGUGACGUCUUGCUCAAAAGUUUUGUGAAAAAUAACAUGGAGCAAGAAGAAGUAGUAAAGGAUCCUUUUGCCAAACAACCUUACUUAAAGCCUGGAGUUCUUGAACAGAGUAAGGCUGAUGCAGACAUGACGUUUGGCUCAAAUGUUCUCCCAAAUAUAUGGAAUUUCAUAGGGAGCAUCUUCUCUCAUACAUCUGAGCAGGAAAAAAAGACUUUGUGUGAUAAAGAUGAGAUGUGCACCUUCAAAGACAAGCUGCUGAACUUAAUUCACAUGGAUUCCAUUUUUAGAGUAUGUCACUACCAGCCUCCCAGUGUACAGAAUGCAUCUGCCACUCAUGCAUUUCUGAAAUACAAUGCUAUUCAUGUGUUUCCAUGGAAUUUAGAAUUUAUUGAUUUGGAUCCGAAUCCUGUAGUAUCUUAUGGGAAAAUUAAUGAGCUGCUUUCCCCAAGACAGCGUCGUCAAGAAGCAAAGCAAAAUCUGCCACAUGAAAAGCAAAAGCAUUUGACUAGUACGCAAGACAAAAAUAAUUCUAAUUCUAAUAGCAGUCAGGUGUCCAGUGAGGGAUCUGUUGUUCAAAUUGUUUGGAACGGAUUUGAAGACCUGAAGACUGUCAUAGAGUAUGGCCACAGUGGGGAAGCCCGACAUGUUGGAAGAGUUUGGAUUCCAGAUGGUAUGAGAAAAAAACUACAUAUCGAACUACAUUCAACGGUCCGAAUUAAGUCAGUUGAAUCUAUUCCUAAAAUUCCUGUAUCUCUUAGACUGCAACCCAAACUGAACUUACACAAAGAUAUACACGAAGAUGAUGUUAAAUCAGCUUUCGGUUCUUGGCUGCAGGAUUCUGCUACUGAUGAUCUCCCAUGGAUAAUGACAAGCCCAGACUGUAUACAUCUGUCUGUUAAAGAAGGAAUGGAGGAGUUUUUCCUUAGUGUAGUAAAUCCUACACACACUGAAGAAAAUAAGUCUGAGAAUAUUUUCAUACUGAGUCCCAGUUUGCUGCAAAAGACUAAUAUACAAGUUCUUUUACAUCCUCUAACUAGAAACGCUGAUGGUGACAGCCAGCCACCUAUGUGUGAUAGAGACAGGAACCUUCCUUACCACAAACUAAAUGAUUUAGGAGGAGUGGACAAAUUGGGAGCAUCUUCCUUUGAACACAUAAGCCACAGUCUUCUGGGGCGUCCUUUAUCUCAAAAGCUGGCUACUAUUGCUGCAGGGCUGCGAAGUGGAGGGGUGCUUCUCACAGGAGGAAAGGGAAGUGGAAAGUCAACAUUAGCAAAGGCCAUCUGCAAAGAAGCAUUUGAUAGACUGGACACUCACGUAGAAGUAAUUGAUUGUAAAGCUUUAAGAGGAAAAAGAUUAGUAAACAUAAAGAAAACUGUGGAAGAAGCUUUUUUAGAGGCAGCAUGGAGACAACCAUCCAUUCUUUUGAUGGAUGAUCUUGAUCACAUUGUCGGAGUACCUUCUACACCAGAGCAUGAGAACAGCCCUGAAAUGGUUCAGAGCAAUAGACUUGCUUAUGUUUUGAAAGAUCUGAUAAAAGAAGCUAUUUCCAUGGGGAGUUUGAUUGCAUUAAUUGCCACAAGUCAGUCUGAGCAUUCCAUACAUCCUUCCCUGGUUUCAGCUCAAGGAACUCACAUAUUUCAGUGCUUCAAAUGUAUCCAAUCUCCAGAUCAGAAGCAAAGAUGUGAAAUGCUGUAUUCCAUAAUAAAAAAGAAACUGAAUUCUGAUAUGAAGAAGUUCUCUGAUCUUGACCUUCAGUGUAUUGCAAAGGAAACAGAAGGUUUUGUUGCUAGAGAUUUUAGUAUGCUGGUUGAUCGUGCCAUUCAUGCCUGUGUUUCCAACCAGAAUGCAUUUCAAAAUGGCGAAUUGAAUCUGUCAACUAUGGAUUUUCAGAAGGCUCUAAAAGAUUUUACUCCAUUAGCUCUGACAAAUGUUAAUCUUCAUAAACCUAAGGACAUCGGCUGGGACAGGGUUGGUGGCUUAAAAGAUGUGAAGCAAAUACUCAUGGAUACCAUCAUGUUACCUGCAAAGUAUCCAGAAUUAUUUGCAAACCUGCCCAUACGACAGAGAUCAGGAGUCUUGCUGUAUGGAGCACCUGGAACAGGAAAAACACUGUUAGCGGGAGUAGUUGCUCGAGAGAGUGGAAUGAAUUUCAUCAGCAUCAAGGGACCAGAGCUGCUCAGCAAAUACAUUGGAGCAAGUGAGCAAGCAGUUCGUGAUAUUUUUAACAGAGCUCAGGCAGCUAAGCCUUGUAUCGUUUUUUUUGAUGAGUUUGAUUCUAUUGCUCCUCGCCGAGGUCAUGACAACACAGGAGUUACAGACCGAGUGGUUAACCAACUCUUGACUCAGUUAGAUGGUGUGGAAGGCUUACAAGGGGUCUAUGUGCUAGCUGCUACUAGUCGCCCAGAUUUGAUUGACCCUGCUUUGUUAAGGCCAGGUCGACUGGAUAAGUGCCUGUACUGUCCACCUCCUGAUCAGAAUUCACGCUAUGAAAUCCUAAAAGCUCUCAGUCAUUCUCUGUCCUUGGCAAAUGAUGUGGACUUCCAGGAUUUAGCAGCAAAAACAGAACGGUUGACAGGGGCUGACCUAAAAGCUUUAUUGUACAAUGCCCAAUUAGAGGCAAUCCAUGCUAAUUUAGGUUCAGGUUUAACACAGGAUUUUGGUUCUAGUUCUGAUAGUGACUUCAGUCUCUCUUCCAUGGUUUUUCUAAACCACAGCAGUGGCUCAGAUGAUUCGGCAAUAGAUGGAGAAGCAGGACUAGAGCAAUCCCUUAUUUCUUUAGAUAUGUCUGACUUGCUUCCCGAAGAUCCAAGGUCCAACAUGUAUCGUCUUUAUUUUGGAAGCUCUUAUGAAUCAGAGCUGGGAAAUGGAACUCCUUCAGAACUGAGCUCUUUGUGUUUGUCUGGACCAAACUCCAUAACUCACGACUUUACCAGCGUGACUCAGAGAGACACAGCAUCAUCACAACCUUCAAUGCUUAGAACAGCUUCUCAGGAAGACUCCCUGGAAAAUAACCCGGAGCAGCACGCAGAGCAGCUGAGGACAGAAAUCAGUGCUAUCAAAGCCAAUUACAGAAGCAGGAAUGGGGAGGACAGCACCCUUAAUCAGUCAGUGCUUGCCAAGAGCACUGCAGUUAUUACCCAGUCCCAUCUGAUGACUGCACUUGAGGGUAUAAGACCAUCCAUUAGCCAAGACGAUUGGAAGAAUUUUACUGAACUGUAUGAUAAUUUUCAGAAUCCCAAGAAGAGAAAAGGACAAGUUGGCUCAAUGUUCAGACCAGGACAAAAAAUAACUCUAGCUUAGGAACUUGUAUUUGCUUGUAAUUGCUAAACUGUAACUGGAAAUUACAAAUGUGAUUAAAUCAGAUAUUUAUAUUCGUAUGGAUUUAUUAAUGCAGCAGUUGAAGCUAAGUUUCUUUUAAACUUACAUGCUGUAAAAUUGUCACAUUUUAUUUUGAAGAAAAUUGUCUUCCUUCAGAAUGAUAUUAAAUUUUUGAGAGAACAUUGGUUACGUUCUGUCCAGUUGUUUAUCACAAAAAAAAAUUAAAUUUUGCUUUUUAUCAAUACAGUU